AUGCGGUAUUUUUUGAGAAUGGAAGUUGCUAGAUCAAAACGAGGCAUCAGUGUAUCACAAUGGAAAUAUGUUCUUGAUCUUCUAACCGAAACUGACAUGCUAGGAUGUAAACCAAGCAGUACACCUAUGGAUAUGGGAACAAAAACUGAUGAUGGAGAAAAUCCAGUAGAAAUAGACAGAUAUCAAAGAUUAGUUAGAAAACUAAUCUACUUGUCACAUACCAGACCUAACAUCGCAUUUGCAGUUAAUUUGGGAAUAUGUGAAGAGCUAUGGUUAAAGAAACUUCUAGAAGAACUAAAUGUCACAUUAAAGUCACCAAUCAAACUUUAUUGUGAUAAUAAAGCAGCUAUCAAUAUUUCCCUUAAUCAGUUCAGCAUGAUCGAACUAAACAUGUGGAGGUGA